AUGCUUUUUCAGCCUGCAGCCCAUGAAAAAGACAAGUGCACCACGUACAAAGAAAUAAUCAGCAACAGCAAAAGCAAUUCCCCUGAGAAUUAUAUAUUUGAAGGGACUAAGCUGGAUAUAUCAAAAUCCCUUCUGAACAGAUCUGUCAUUACAGUCUCAAACACAGACAAAGGACUAAGCAUGAACUACACCAUGAAGAAUAUCUCAAAGCUCUUCUCAGCCUCUCUUUUUGGAGAUGGCUCUGUCUUAGGAAAGAUUCUUCCGUCAGAUGGAACAGGUCUUUCUCUCACGUAUAUGCAUGGGACUAGCAACAGGUACUUUGACAUUGGAUAUACUAAGACAUUUAAGAACUACUCUUUUGCCUUGUCUGCAGUAAAUCCUGACUUGGAAAUUCCAGCAGUUAAUUUCUCUGCAAAGGAAAUGCACCCUCGUGCUGUACUCGGCAGAAUAAAAGAAUUAUUCACUGCUGAAAAUAUCUCGGGCCUUAUGAAAGAGGGUCUGCAGGAUACUAAAAUUGCAGAGAAAUUGAAGAGAAAAGUAUCUGAGGUGCAUAAAAUAGUGAAUGGUGGAAUAUUCUCAAUAGCCUCUGUGGCCAGGAUAUACCCUACUAUGCACAUUGGACACGAGACUAUUAUCUCCUUUGCCAAAGACAGCAAGAUCCCAGGAGGUGAGACCAAGACGGUUUCAUCAAUAUUUGGUCAGUACUCUGCAGAGAUUGCAUCUACAUGUAUAAUUAGUAAGGCAUUUAAUACCUGGAGAGUAUUAGGAUUAUACCACACAAUAGGCCCGGCUGGUGCUCUGAUUGAAAAGUCGCUUGAUGAGUCUGUCUCUCUGCAUGGUGAAGUAUCCUUUGACUGGAGAAAUAUUCUGAAGAGAAAAGAGAAGGAGUCAAAGAUGGAAAAUAUCCUGCAGUCACUAGGAGCAUCUAUUGGAACCACAAUAUACGGGGAUGGAAAUACCACCCGAGUGUCUGCUGGGAGUAACGGAACUGUCUCUGUUUCCUCAGAUAUUUCUGUUGGAGAUGGAGCAGCCUUGAAUUUAAGUGGGCAGAUUUCUUCAAAUGGGCCUGUCCUAGGGAUUGGAUUUACUUUCACCAGCUAA